CGACUCUCUGAGCUCUCUGGCUGUGUGUGUCUGUAGGCUGCUGUGGUGCAGACCGUAGCCUAGCCACGUUAGCCUCCUUCCACCACUUCCACAGUUCAGUCAGCCGGCGGCUCCGGUGUGCUUCAGCUGCAGUUAGGCACUACAGUCUGUAAGUGUCUCUGCCUGUAGCUGAGGAUUUCCUUCCGCUGCCAGGAUUCUCUCCUUUUGGCCAAGGCAGAGAGAGAGAAAGAGAGGGACAGAGAGUAAGAGGAGAAGAAGAGGAAGACAGGAGGGGGAAGAGCGACAGCGGGCCGGCAGUGACCUUCGCGGUAUUGUGGCAAAGCAGAGGAGGAGGAACGGCCAUAGGAUCCAUCAGGUGAAUUUUCCUUCUUUGAGGAGCACUGAUAUGGACACCAGGUGUGGUGACGUAAAGCUCUCUGUGGGUGUGUGUGGGAUGUUGUGUCAGGGCUAAAGCCCAUCCCUCUCCCAUGAGCCUGUGUGCCCACACACACACCUGGCGCCUCCACGCACACACCCGGCGCCCACGCACGCACAGCCGGCACUGACGCUGUGUACUGGACCCUCGGAGCCCAGCGGAGCCAAGCGGAGCGGAGUCUAGCCCAGUUGGAGCCUGAGGAUGUCAACAGAGACAGAGCUACAGCCAGCGGUCAGGCCCAGCAGCGUCAGACGGGACUCCAAGAGGAAAGGGCAGGAUCGCAGCGAGGCGGCUCUCAUCAGGCGCUUUAAGGGCGAUGGCGUCCGCUACAAGGCCAAGCUCAUCGGCCUGGACGAGGUCACUGCCGCCCGUGGAGACAAACUCUGCCAGGACUCGAUGAUGAAGCUCAAGGGUAUAGCUGCAGCAGCACGGUCAAAAGGAGAACACAAACAGAAGGUGUUUCUGACCAUUUCCUUUGGCGGGAUCAAGAUCUUUGAUGAGAAGUCAGGGGUCCUCCAACACCACCAUGCGGUCCACGAGAUCUCCUACAUUGCCAAGGACAUCACAGACCACCGAGCCUUUGGCUACGUCUGCGGGAAGGAAGGGAACCAUCGCUUCGUGGCUAUCAAGACCGCACAGUCGGCUGAGCCUGUGAUUCUGGACCUGCGGGACUUGUUCCAGCUCAUCUAUGAGAUCAAGCAGAGAGAGGAGAUGGAGAAGAAGGCCCAGAAAGAUAAGCAGUGUGAGCAGGCGGUCUACCAGACAAUACUGGAGGAGGAUCUGGAGGACCCAGUCUACCAGUACAUUGUGUUUGAGGCGGGACACGAGCCCAUCCGUGACCAAUCAGAAGAGAGCAUUUAUCAGGUUCCCACCAGUCAGCAGAAGGAAGGGGUCUAUGACGUCCCAAAGCGACACCCAAACGGACAUCAAAACACUCCCCACCACCACCAUCAUCAUCAACCUCAUCAUUAUCAUGCUCAGCCCUUUCAACAAGAGCAAACUGAACACCAGCAGCAGCAGCAGCAGCAGCAGGCAGUGGCAGAUCUGAUAGACUUAGACCUGGAUAUGGUGACUCAGAAUAUCAACCAAUUAGAGAUUUUUGGAGACAUGUCCACACCACCUGACAUCACCUCUCCAUCGACCCCCGCCUCUCCAGCCAACACCCUCGACCCCUCGCAGGGCCUGCAGCCUCCCACGGAACUGUUUGCUCCCUUCAAUCCUGCGUCUGUGCCCUCAGGUUAUGUGACGAUGGGAGCAGUGCCCCCCGGCCACUGGUCCCAGCAGGCGUUCGCUGCCCAGACACCGCUGGCCUUCGGGGUCCAGUCUCCUUUAGGUCCGGUAGCCCAGGUGCUGCCAGGCGGCCAGCCUCUAAUCUGGGGCCAGGCCAACAUCUUCCCUGCCACCCAGCAGCAAUGGGCAGCAAUGGCAGCCGGAGCCUUCCCCCCCACAGCCUACCUCCCUGCCCAACCUGUGGGCACUCUGCCCGCCGCCAUGUUCCAGACUCUCACCCCCGUCACGACUGUGACUCCGGCUGGCGAGAGCCAUUCAGGUGCUGGAGCCAGCGCUUCAGCGCCCUCCCCUUCAGCGUCGUCAAGUCCGCAGCACGGGGAGAGGGCGAGGAAGAUUGGCAAGGAGAUGUUCAAGGAUUUUCAACUGGCGAAGCCUCCGGCCAUGCCGUCGAAAAAGGGUGAGCAGCCCAACUUAGCAGGAACCUCAGAGGCAUUCAGCACUUACUUCAGCCGUGUGGGCACUGCCCAGGACACGGACGACUGUGACGACUUUGACAUUUCUCAAAUGAAUUUGACACCGGUCACCUCCACAACACCAUCCACCAACUCACCACCCACCCCAGCUCCCAGGCAGAGCUCUCCCUCCAAGUCCUCAGCCUCCCAUGUCAGUGAUCCCCCCACCGACGCCACAGACCCCCCCACAGACGACUCAUUUGGGGAAGCAGAGGGCAGCCCUAGUCGCAGUGGAGAGGAAGAUGCUGCGUGUGGUUCUGGGUCGCCCUGCCCCAGUGAGACAGCAGAGCCCAGCCCAGACCAGGCCAGUCCAGAGGCUGGGAGCUAGAUAGCAGCAGGGCAGGAAGGGGAAGGACCCUCUCUACGCCCAGAUCAACAAAGGGAAGAAAUAAAGAGACACACAGGAAGACAGACCUGACCAGCACUGAGAGAACAGGAGGAGAACCCUCAUCGUGUGUGUGUGUGUGUGUGUGUGUGUGUGUGUGUGUGUGUGUGUGUGUGUGUGUGUGUGUGUGUGUUUGUGCGUGUGUGCGCAUGUGCGUGCGUGUAUGCUUGUGUCUGCGUACGUGUGCUUAUGCGUGUGUAUGUGUAUGUAUGACACAUCUCCCUGCCUGGCCAAGCUCUUCUUCUUCUCCUCUGGCUAACAACCUCCCAGGAGGAGCCUCCACACUCCCUCUGUCCUCCUCCUGUGCUCCUCCUCCUCCUCCUCCUCGCUGCAGUCUGCUCUCCUCCUCAGAGGAGAGAGCCUUCUCGGUCUUUCACUCCAGGCAGGAGGGAUAUCAAUCACCGAGAUGGGUCCAGUUCUCCCUCCACUGCGCUGUCUUCUCCUCUCCUCUCUUCUCCCUGUGGCAACUCACACCCAGCCUUACAGACAUAUCCUGCUCCUCCCCUCUCUCUCUCUUCCUUCCCUCUCCCCCUUUCUUCGCUCUCACGCUCCUCCCUCUGCCUCCUGCGUCUGGCCCAGAGACUGUGCUGUCAAGGAGGGACUGAAUCAAGCAGUGCCUCCCUGUCUCUAACACACACACACACACACACACACACACACACACACACACACACACACACACAUGCACGCUCAUCAGGAUUAGAUCAUCUUUCGUUUUAACUGACUGAAUCCGCACCUGUAGCGAGGAGAUCCCACGGGAGGAGCUAGACUCUUAACAGGCCUAUCAGGGAUGGCCUGUUACUGGGAUCAGUGCUUCUGAUUGGUUGGUUCAGGCGUUAUCUCCCCAUUCUUUGUGAGUGUCUGCUGGAUCGCUAUGCAGAAACAGACUCUCUGGGAGCUACUCACACUCCAACUACACAACAUACUGUGCACACAGCAAUCAGCCUACAUUUACUGACCACAUACACAGUCAUCGCUCACCCUCUCGAACAUGCAUCAACACAUUGAUUUGCCAAAUGUCUCUCCUCGCAGACAGACUCACACAGAGGCCAGAGGACCAGACAUACCGAGGAAUGGACCCUGAGAGAGAAGUGUUGCAAGUCAAACAGAUUCUGUGAUCGAACUGUUCAUUCUCUAUAGCUUUUGUACAAUACCGAUUUAAAAAAAAGAACAAAUUGAAAAAUUGAAUUUUUAUUUUAUAAGUCAAUCAAGCCGCUGGGUUCAGCUCUAUAGGAGUUAACAUGGCUUUAAGGCAUCUGAUCGUUGGUUUGCCAAACUCAUUUUGUAAAUAAUGAUAACAACAACCAUUUUGUCCGCCGGACUUCUGUGCCAUAAAAUAGGAAGGCUUCAGUUAUGCAAACUCUUGACGUUAACCCAAGCAAUACCAACAUAUGUUUCUUUUUCCUGUUUUCCCACCAUGUUUUGUUGCCUUCUGAUAUUGUUUUGUUCUUGUGCAUGGAUGUUGUAGGUCUUUGUCUUAACCUCACUUACUAAUCCUGGGUCCAGCCGCACACCUUGCCCCUAUUUGUCUUUCCAAAUCCCGCCACCUCACAUUAUUUUGUCCCAAACAAAUUAGCUUCUGCAGUUUGUGUUACCCAAAGCCUAUGUACACACCACAGCCCUGUGUUUCUGUACCCCAAACCUAUACUCCAACUCUAUGUUGCAGGCAGCAGACACAGUCUUCAUCACUGUAUCCCAGACUGCUCAUCUCCUCCAUCCCAUUUCCCCAGAACAGUCUUUAAGAUACAGUGAUGUUCUGCCCAUCUGUCUGUCUAUUGGUCAGGUGCCAAACUGCUGCUGUCCGAGCGUCUGUGUGUGGACUGCAGCAUCCUCUGCUACAAGUACAUCAACUGUGAUGCCAAUGACUCCCUAUUUUAUGGCCAGAGUCCCCAUGUCACUCUUUUGGACUAUGAUGUUGAUUAACUUAAAAAUUUGACAACUAGAAGAUGAGCAAAGAAGUUGAACAAAAAGGGAAACGUUGCUGUUUGAGUACAUAACAUUUCUAGACCUAUUUUAACUUUACCUCAGCUAACAGUUUCUUAAUGUAAAUUGACACAUUAUUUUUAUCUUUAUGAAUAUGACAUUCUACAGUGGGUUUUUAGAUGAUUUUUUGGUUCUCUCUUGAUUUACGUAUUCCACCAUGUAUUACUGUUACAAAUAAACACAUCCCAAAUGAC